CUGGAAUAGCAGUUUGCAUCAAGCCGUGGUCAGAGCAGGAGCAGGACUCCCGCUAGUGCACCGCUAUAACCAGAGCGCUGCGCGCGCGUGUUUGUUGACACCGCGUUUUAUCAUCGUUAUCGUGUAUCAUUCAUUUUGUCUCGUGUUGGUUGGUGGUGGUACCUUCGAGUGACUAAAACAAAAGGACAACAUAUAACUUCUUUUGGUUCAGUGACCAGUUUCAGUGACAAGUCCUGAAGAAUACCAUAGAAUAAACUUCCAAGAUGCUACAGCAAAUUCUUCGAGAUAUGUACGUGGAUCCGGAGAUCCUGGCCGAAUUAGACGAGCAGCAAAAGCAGACGUUAUUUUGUAAGAUGAGGGAGGAGCAAGUGAGGAGAUGGAAGUCCUGGAACGAUAAAUUGGGAGACGAUACUCCAAAGAUUCAAUCGACUAAAAAGAAAAGUGUUAGCUUUCUAAAAGGUGAUGAUGGUGAACCAUGGGUCUGGGUAAUGGGCGAACACAAAAACGACAAAAGCAUAGAAGAUAUCCUUAAAGAAGAAGCUCGCGAAAAAGCCCGCCAAAUGGCAGAGAAAGAAGCGGAACAACUCAGGAAACAGAUGGAAGCACACCUCUCUGAAUACAUGGACCUAACCCCAAAGAUCGAAGAACUUGCCCCACCAAAACUAGAUGAUUACGUAGACCCUUACCAAGACGACAUGGAUAUUUAUUGUUCAGUAGAAGAAAUACGUGAAAAAAUGAAAACAAACCAUCAAAAUUAUCAAAAGCCACCCAUACCCAAGAAACCAAACUACCAAUUGAACUCGUAUCAAACCAAAAAUAAUAAAUUUAAUUUUGUGGAUACCAGGGAGGUUUUACAAGAGAUUUCAUUAAAUUCUCAGGUGUCUCAGAGGGUCGCUUUAUGGGAGAAGAAAAUGACUGAGCAGAGGACCACGGAGAUAUUUAAGUGUAUUAGAAAAAAACAGGAACAAGUUGCUAAGGAGGCGGAGGAAGAAGAGAAGAAAAAGGAGCAAUACUGGCAGGAACAAGAACGCAAAGCCAAAGAAGCCGAACAGCAAAUCAGAGAAAUAGCAAGAAGGGCACGUGCAGAACAUAGAUUGACCUCAGAUAGGGAAAUAGAUACUAAUUAUAGUACAGUUAACUCUGGAGUACCACCCAAUAGGCAGGCCGUUAUAGACUGGUACAAGCAGACAGAGAAACUACGGUUAACCGGUCUGGAUAACUUUAGUAAUGUUGAACCAUGGUUUCAUGGUCUUAUAACAAGAUCUCAAGCGGAAAAGCUACUCCUAGACCAGCCAUAUGGAACCUUCUUAGUAAGACUGUCAGAGAAAAUUUGGGGCUACACGAUCUCCUAUAGGGCGCAAGAAAAGUGCAAGCAUUACUUAGUGAACGCUCUACCUAAGUAUGGAUUUAGUGGAGCUAAUCCUUUGGAACACAAUAGCUUAGGUGAUCUCAUAAAUUACCAUUACACUCAGCCAUUAACAGGAGGUGACAAACUGCAAAGACCUUGUCCGAGAAUGAACUCUUCUGCCAUCGAUGAGCUCUUCGAAACCAAUAAUAAUUAAAUAUUUUUCUACUAGUCGAAUAAAGAACACCGCUACAAAAAUAUAUAAUUGAUAAUUUAAAGAAGACGUUAUAGGAUAUUAAUUUUUUUUUGUAGUGUUAAUUCUUUCUUUUAACAAACGUGUAUUUUUCCUGACCAGUAUAUAUGAGAUGAAAAUUGGUCCAGUGAUACCUUAGCUCUAAUGUAAACUUUUGUAGCCUGUUAAAAGAAAACUCUGUGAUCUUUCGGCAUUUUUUUCUACAUAAAUCCCGAUCGUACUAGUAAAUCGUUUUAUAUAAUUAUUUCUCAUUUGCUUACAUUAAGUAUUUAGCUUCUAUUUUAUUUUAUUAUAACUCUCGAUGUUUUUGACUUAUUAUUAUUAUUAUAUAAGUGAUAUUUCUACUAAUCUACUUUUAUAUAUUAAGGUAUAUUAUUUGUGAACUGAUUUUUUUUUAGAAUUAAGCAUUAACGUAUCGUGUGCCUUUUGCGAUUCUGCAUGUUUUUUGUAGUAUUUAACAUUAAUAUUUCGUACGAAUUAAAAUAACUUUUUCUAUUA